AUGAAAGGGAGUGAAGAAAGUGAAUUAAAAACAAAAGAAAAAGAUAAUAACAUAUUGUGUUAUGUUAAAUGGAUAACUAAUAUAUUUAAUGCUGAUAAUGCAUUGAAAGUUAAUUGGGAUAAUAUAAAAUUUGAAAAAUCGAAAAAAAGGAAGUGGAAAAUAAAGGAAAGUGAACAAAUUAGUAAUGAAAAAAAAAAAAAAAAAAAUGAUGGCAUAAGCUCAUUACAUAAGAAAAGUGAAGAAAACAUAAGUGGGAAUAUAAUAGCCCAAGGAAAAUCGUUAUAUAAUAUAAAAUCAAUAAACAAUUUGAGAAAUAAAAAUGAAUUUAAAGAUUAUUCAGAAAAUUAUAAUAGUAUUUCGUCAAGUAGCAUAUCAGAAAUUGGAAGCGAAGGAGAAGGUAACGAAACAGAAAAUGAACAAAUACCUAUUAAAGAUAUUAAAAAAGAAGAAAAAAUAUAUAAAAAUAAUGAAAAUAAAUUAUAUUCAAAUAUUUAUGAUAAUUAUAAUAGGGAAAUACAAGAUAUAAAAUUCGGAAAAAAAAAAUAUAUAGAUUAUAUAGCAUUAAGUAGCUUUAUAAAUGAAGCGUCUUUUUCGGAUGGAAGUGACGAUUACAAAAAUGAAGGUAGAGGCACCGAUUUAAUUAGUUAUAAUAUAUUUGAAGAAAUAGUAAACAAAAACAAAGAAUUGGAUAAGUUUUUUUUUGAUAAUUUAAAUAUGCAUGAUAAUAAUGAUAAAGAAAUAAAGGGCAAUAUAAAAAAUAAGCAAAAGGUAGUUGCUGAUAUGAAUGAAAAAAACAAUAAACUUGUAAAUGUGGAAAAUUAUAAUAUGUGUGUGAAAAAUAAUUUGGAAAAAGAGAGUGAUCAUAAAAUAGUUGAAGAAAAAUUAAUUAAUCAUGUAAAAAGUGAGGAUAAUAAUAAUAGUGCAAAUUUAAAAUUAGAAAACGAUAUUUGUCUAAAAAAAAUGGAAAAUAAUAAUUUUUGUUUUUGGAAUAUGGAAAAUGAAACAUAUAUAACAAGAGCUUUAUAUGCAAACCAAUUAAAAAAAAAAAGUUAUACAUUGUUAGAAGAAUCUGAAGAAAUGAUUAAACACUUUUCAUCAAAUCAAUAUUCAAUAAAAUUCGUUCCUAGGCACUUACUUUAUUCUGUAAGUCAAGUAGUAUCGAGAACAUUUUUCGAUCCUUUAUAUAGAAAGCAAUUAUUUUUUUAA